AUGGGCAUGCCCCUCCGCUCAUGUAUCAAGGCUGCCGAGCCCAUCGAACCUCCUACAGCCACGCCCUCAUGUACGUCUCCGCCCUGGCUGGCGGGCAUAUCGUCCGACUGCCGCUGGGCCGGGGGGCCGACGUGCACCCCCACGCUCGAGACCCACGCCCUCAUCCACCGCGGAGAGGGACAGCGCUUCAUCGCGGUCCUACCACCGGCCACCGAGGGCCUGCUGCCGGCCACCGAGGACGUGGCGAGGUCAUACAAGCCCGCGGGCCUGCGGUGCUUCAUGUGGGUGGCGCUGGGAUUGUUUGAUCAGAUGUUGUGCAUGAGCGGCAUCGCGGAGCGACACCGCUGCCUUCAAGUUGAGCCGUGCAGCGUCAUGGCGGGCGAGUUCGCCCCGGGGACUCUACCCGCGAUAUCUGUGGCUGUCAAGGAAGAGGAUGCCAAUCGUGCGAUCGACGGGGACCUCUCGGACACGGGCAUGUCGAAUUCGGAUGGGGACCGUCCGCCGUUGAUGAUCCCUCCGCCACAGGUAACCUCCAGGCCUCUGGAUUCGACCGAAGAGCAAGCCCUUGAUGGACGCCUCGCCGCUGGCGGCUGGUGCAACGCGCUCACUUCCGUACGGUAUAACUUAUGA